AUGUCUGGCUGUAACAACACCUCGGAAGCGGCGCCGCCGGCACCGACGAUUCAGCAGUACAGACGUUACAUUUUCGUCUGUUGUGUUGUGGUAGUCAUCACCGGGUUUUUCUACUACCAGCAACUUGCGUCUAGAGGCUGCAAGACCGCUCCAAUUGUUCCGCAAACCGCGAGGCCCGUUGAGCUACCUCCUGAUGCGCUUACCUCCCUGAACUUUUCUUCCUAUAAAAUUUCCUCCUUACCUUCGGACAAGGUCAUCAUACGUGCUGUAUACCUGGACCCUCGGCCUAGGAAUGGCUUCAACAAUGCCUCCGUGUUUUUGGUUGAGAUUCACAAGGAGCUGGCAAAGAAAGGAAGUGGAAUAGUAGCCUGUGGUACCAGUAAGGCAGUAAGUAUGGUGCUUGAGAUCCGUGUGGCCGGCAACAUGAACUGGAUCCACAGACAUCAUACUGAGAUAAACCAUGACGUGGCCAUGAUUGACUGCUUUGGACUGCCAGCCAACAUUUCCUCUGGUGCACGUGUCUUCCUAUGGUACCACAUCAAGGAUGGUGGAGACUUGUAUCGUGUGGAGUCAGAACAAACAUACUUUGUCCCGCUAGAAAAGGAAGCAGGAGACCAGGACAAGCUAAAGACUGUGGUAUGCAUAGCUGUCCUCUAUAGCAACCCAACCUACAUAAGAGAAUUCUUCCGCUACUACAAACACCUUGGUGUAGACCACAUCUACAUAUUGGCAGAGGACAGCUUUGUACAGAGUGGCAUCCUUGAAACUGACGAGUUUGUUGAAGAGGCACUUAGGGAUGGAUUCAUCUCGUAUUCAAUGUGGCACAACUGGCUAAGUUGA